AUGCAGCAUGGUAAUAUAGGGAAUCCAGAGGCACGUGAUUCCACUGGUGAUGCUGGUCCAGUAGGGGUAAUCGGUCCGCAAAGUGCGCUUGGUCCUCACAGACGUCACGGUUCAGCUGGCCAACAGGAUGCGCCUGGUUUGCGUGCUAGACGUGGCUUUCCGGGCUCGAAUGGACCGGCAAGGCUGCAAGGUUUUAUGGGUCCACCCGGUCCACAAGAAACACCGGGUACGUCAGCACAUCACAUGCAGCAUGGCAUUUACGCGGAGGAUGAAGAAACAGACUACUAUGAUAAUAAGUGA